GAGAGGUUGGCGUGUAUGGCAGUGGAGGACUACUGCGCAUGUGUGACAGGAAGUCGGCAGGUAAAGUUUAUUUCCUUGUAUGGCUGCUACUCCUGCCUAAGGCUGCAUUCUGAGGCCUUUGCCUCUAAAAUAAGCUCCAGCAAAGCAAAAGCAAAAGAGAUCUUGCAAAACUCAGCCAAUCUGCUUCGGCCACGUGACCAGGCAUCAAAAAGCCCACUUCCGGCUUCUCUCCAAGCCACGUGGCUGCAGAGGCCCGUUUUUGGUCGCGGUUUUGCACGUCUAACAGCACCCAGUUCGCCACCUCCGCUUCAGCUACCACAGCCUCAUCAUGGCCAACAUCCCCAAUGGGGCCAGCAUCAUGGACGACAACUUGACCACUCGCCGAAGGCAAUAUCUACGCCUACGAAUUCUCCAUGGACAAGCUGGUGGCAGAGAGCGUCCUUCCUAUCUGCCGCUCCUCUUACAACAAAGUGGCCGGCUACAGCUACAACAUUGGCCCUGUGGUCCCCUAUGACAACAUCUAGGCAGGGUGGGAAGAAGAGAAGUCCAGCUGAGCUGGACCCUGGAGAAAGAGAACCCCAAGGAUGGUGUUCCUGCAGACCUCUUUGGAGGGCUCGGAAGCCACGGGUUGGCCAAGUAGGCAGCAGAAUAAGGAGGGGCACAUGGUCUCCCCAAAGCUUUAAUAACAGUGCUGUGGGAACGAAGAAGAGAUGGUGGCUAACAGGGACCAUGAUAGAUAGGCAAGAAUCAGGAGAUGAUAAUAAAGGCUUUAGCCCAAGAAUCAGGAGGUAGUAAGACAGGUAGUAAGAUAGUGUGCAGAGAUCAUUCUGGGAGAAGGGAGGGCUUCCAUUCCUUGCACCUAGCUAAAAUAGUUCAGUGCUGCCUUUCUGGAACAGGCGCCGAUGCUACCUGCAACAUCUGGAGAUCUUAAGAAGAAGAAGAGACUUUGGGAGCGUUUUUCUUGUAAAUAAAAUAUCUUUAUUAAGCGUU